UUGCAUGACGGCGACGGUCUCUGUUUGGCGACGUUAGCUGAGAAUCACGUAGCACCGCCCUCGGUACAAAAGACUCGCAGCAAGAUCGGUCUCGGUAUCAUGCUGAGCCAAGAAGCCGACGGCGUGUGGGCGUACAACAGAUCGGAGAGUCCGAUCUUCGUGAACUCACCGACCUUAGACGACCCGGAAUCGCGUACGCUCUUGGUCUACCGAGUGCCACCGGGCUUUUGCUUGAAUAUAUUCGACCGAGCCAAAGUCAUCCAGCUUCCAUCUUAUACUGGAGGUGGGAAUUCAAGGAUUAUCAGUAGCAACAACGGCAACAACAAUGCACCUUCCGCUUUCUCGUCCGGCCCCGUCGACAUUAACUCCGUCCGCAUCAGCUUCGCCAAAGGCUGGGGACCUAAAUACUCCAGACAGGAAGUUACUUCUUGUCCCUGUUGGCUCGAAGUUCUCCUAGCACCGUGUAGGUGAUCCGCGAGUGACGAUAAUGUGACGAUAACGUAUAGUUCGCGGAUCUUCUUCUCAGUCUGUUUCUUCCUUCUACUUGUCCUCGGUUUUAUACCUGGUCGGAAUUAUCAAUUAACGAAAUAGAAGAAGACGAAGAAGAGGAAAAUAGUGAAGAGGAAGAGGAAGCAAGAAGAACGUCAUUAUGGUCAUAAUACGUUUCUAUCUGUUCCACCAAUGAAAUAGAACAUUUUUUUCUUUUUUUUUUUUUUUUUUUUUUUCUUUUCUUUUCUUUUUCUAAGGAGAACGAGGAACAAGAGAUGAUAAUAAACGAUCCAGGACCAGGAGACAUCUUCUUUCUAUAUGGAUCUGUAUUUCUAUGAGCGAUCUGUCAAAUUCGUUUGUUCGUUCGUUCGUUCGUUUGUGGUAUACGCCGGUGCUGUACAUAUGCGAUGGUGUGUACAUACACUGUGCCUUCUCAGCUUCCUUCCUGGUGCUGUGCAUGCAAACCAUCCGUAGGAAAGAGUUAAAGGUGGUGCAAAACAUUGCGUCUCCUGAUACUCGUGUUUUUAUACAAAGGAAACAUGUCUGUUCGGUUUGAGAGAGAGAGAGAGAGAGAGAGAGAGAGAGAGAGAGAGAGAGAGAGAGAGAGAGAGAGAGAGAGAGAGAGAGAGAGAGAGAGAGAGAGAACGAGAGAGUUUCGUACUACAGUAAUACUUAUGUACUGUGAUAAGAGUUCACCGCAUCGUUUUUCUUUACUGCGAUCCUUGUGUCUUCUUCCUUACUAUCGUAAGAAAAGCAAAAAAUCAACGAAAAAAAUAAUCCCCCUUUCCCCCUCCCCCCAUAGGAUGAACCGAUGAACGCUCCAAGAUUAAUAAGAAAACGUCAUUCUUUUUUGCAAGAUAUUCAAAUUGUACUACUAUUUUGUUUCUUUCUUUUUUUUUUUUGUCUUUUUUUCGUAAUUUUUCUUUUCUUUUUUUUUAUUUUUCUUCUGUUCUUUUUUUUGAUUUUUCUUUUUUUUUCUCUUUGUUUUUUUUUUUUUUUUUUUUUAGCUUAAUCCGAGGACACACGUGCACACAAUUUAAAUGGAUAGACAGAGAAACAGGGACAGGGACAAAAACGAAGAGACAGAGAGAGAGAGAGAGAAAGAGAGAGAGAAAGAGAGAGAGAGCGAUAGACGUUCUCUCUUAGUGUCGCGUUAUGUAUGUGUCGACCUAUUAGAUGUAAUCUUGCGUAGAGAAUGAAGAGAAAACAUUUAAUAAACAAACAAACAAACAAACAAACAAACAAA